CCGAGCGUGCGAUAGGCCCAUCCGUGACUGCUGAAUGCCCGCGACCUUGUCGACUACCAACCUUCCGCAUCUGUUGCACCGCUUUCUGAAACGAUACUGCCCGUGUCGCUGAGCAGCGCACUUGCUGCCGCCGCCCAAGAUGAAGCCCAUCGUGAGCGCGAUGCAAGCAUGGUCUUGCUUUGUUAUCUCGAUAUUUGCGAUCGUUAUUCUAUCCGUCCUUGGCCUCCUUUUCCGGGGUAACCAUCCCGAACUCGUCGGUGGCGAGGAGGAUCCCGAAAACGGCCCGGAGGUUGCAGCGACCAUCUUCACAGCCGUCAUUAUCUACGCUGGAUUCCUCGUCUUCUGCGGCUUCCAGGGCUUGUUGCACCUACGCGAGAACCGGAGGGGUGCGAUCGCACUAUAAUGGGAAUACCUUACGACUUUUUUUGCAAUCAUUUGGACACGGCGUUAAGGGCUUCUGCUUGAAUGAGGGCUUGACUUCUCUACGCACUCCUCGAAUGAGGCGAGAUUACAUCGGCUGUACUCACCAAACUAGGCGUUUCUGGGUGCUUAGUGAUUUCAGCGACGCAAGACAACUACUUCCUCUUCACCUCUUUCCGAGAGCCCGGUCGGGUCGGAUACUGUUUGCACCUCCAUUCGGUGCAAAGCCGGGGAGAAGGAGCGCGCGUCCUGUCAUCCGCACACUCAAGCUGUCAUCCACACACUCAAGCCCCGCGCUUUUGGGCCACAGUGGCCUGGUCUCGUCGCUCUUGUCGACACUUGUUCCUGGCAUAUGCAGACAAUGUGUGAUCAGGCCACCCACUGUUUCAUGGGCUGCAGUUGUGGUUCUCUGCAGGGAAGAGGGAAUCUGCGGUAUUCUGCUCAACUUCGGCAUUGGAUGUUCGAUUGGGACAGGGUGACAAAAUGGGGCGGUGCCUCGACUCUGGAUUCUUGAGAGGCUGCCCUGAGGAGAAGAGAGGAAGGGAGCACAGCACCACAAAUGCAUGAGGAAGAACAACAACAGCUGGAUAGGCGUAUCCCUGCCAGACCUUUGUUUUGAAGAGUCGUCGUGCUAUUGUUUAAGCUGCUGUUUUUCUUGCUUUUAAUAUCGCUUUGCGUUUCUCUUUGCCUCUCUCCCGGACAGAGUGUGAUUUAGGACCACGAUAUCGAAGAGUCGUUCGACUGUUGAGGCAAGGUCUUGGCGGGCAGGUCAACCUCAUUCAAGUUCCUUCCUGGAAUGAUUGCAGCUUCACGAUGGCUCCAAAUUACUUUACCUUCCCUUUGUUCAGAGCUCAUGCGAGUCCUUUUCGUCAGGCAGCCUAGGCAUCAGUGUGGGGCAUCACACGAGCCAGGGAAUAAUACUAUGGACUUCGCGUUCCAUUCCCUGCUAGGGCAGCCAUGUCGUUCCAGGCAGACAGCCAACUCGUGGGCGCUAAUUCAACGCCAGGAAGCCACGGCUCAACGCUUGAUCGCGUUGUAAACCCCAUUGGGCUAUGGAUAUGAUCCCAGGCUUUUACG